AUGCCUGUAGCAAUCGACGUCGAGACAAUCGGAAAAUUCUCUCGCCUUGCGAAAAAAGCGACAGUUCUAGACGCUCUUCCGCCUCGUUUGAAUGAAAACAAAAACUUGUAUGGAACAUUGAGUGAAGAACUCGAUUUGACACUUGGAAGUGAGGAAUAUAAGGAAUCUUCCAGUACUGAAAAUGAUCUUGACCCGCUUCUCGAUUAUAUAUUGAAGACUUCGAAAGGAGGAGUCGCGUUGAAAGAGUCGAUCGACGCAGAAUUCAUCACAACUCCCCGAAUUCUCAAUGCUCUCGCUCGCUCUGUCUACAAUAACGGAAAUCCGCUGGAAAUCUACGCGUCUCGUCAACAAGAUGUCAUUUUUCUCUGUGAAAAAGAGAAGAAUUCUGAAGAGAAUUCUUCUAUUUCAUAUCUUCACAAAUUCAAACAAUAUAUGACACUGGAUGAGAAUCAGAAUCCGCAUAAAAUCCACGAUAAGAUUCAGAACAAAUCGACGAAUGUUGUGAAUAAAUUGACUCUGACUUCUGGAAAUUCUGGAAAUUUCAGCCUGAAAGUCGUUUAUUCUUCGAAGGUGGAUGCUGUUGAUAGAGAUGGUAACCUUCUCGAACUGAAAACCACCGCUUUGGGUCACAAUAAAUGGGUGGAGAAGCAGAGUCUUCGUCAUUAUCUGCAGGCGUUUCUUGCUAACGUGCCUUACGUCAUUUACGGUCGCCGUACCAAUAUUCAGGAGCAAAAUAUUCAUAAGGCACGUGCUAUUAACACGACACGCUUCUUACAGCCGCGCUCUACCGAAGUCGAAGAGAGUUGUGUCGACACAAUUCCAACCUCCAGCAUUCCCAAUUAUCGCGUAAAUUGGAAAAAGGAGACGUGCUUCGAGAAGUUGUUCAACAUUCUUCAGAAAAUCGAGUCGAAACUGGAAUUCGACGAAGACGUGAUGGUGGUGAAGGUGACAAAAGAUGGAAUGGAAUGUGAAGAAAACGGAGAAGAAUGUUAUGAACUUGUUAACCCGCUAUUUUUGAAUCACUUUGAAUGA